GCCACCAGCUCACUCCUUCCCGAGCCUUCAACGUGUUAAAACCCACUACAUUUCUCCCUCAGCGCUAGCAAUAGUCACUUGUGAGAUAAAGGAACUUAGUUUCUCUUCAAUAAACGUUAGUUUGUGCCCGAUCACGACGUGUUUUCAACGAUAAAAGAAUUAAGAGAUUAUUCACCUGCAGUUUGUGUUCCACAAGGACAUGGCGCGGUUCAUGACAUUCAGGAAUGAGAGGGAUAAGGAAGCCUCGUAUGUGAGACAGAAGAUGAAGUGCUACUGGCAGACGUAUAGUCCUUCCAUGGAGUCGAUGAUGCUGUCCCACGACGCACUCUACCUGAACCAGAACGAGCAGAACGAGAUCCUCUCGUACCUCCCCAACUACCACGGCAAGAAGGUGCUUGAGCUGGGAGCUGGGAUAGGGAGGUUCACUUCCAAGCUGGCAUCAGUGGCAAGUCACGUGACUGCGGUGGACUUUAUGCAAGAUUAUAUCACCGAGAACCAGAAGGAGAACCAACACCUUGGCAACGUUACCUUCAAGUGUGCUGAUGUCACAAAACUGGACUUUCCUGCUGCGUCGUUUGAUCUGGUUUUCAGCAAUUGGCUUUUCAUGUAUCUGAGUGACACUGAGAAUGUCCAAGUCUUCAGGAAAAUCCUCGCUUGGCUCAGCCCUGGCGGAUACUUCUUCCUCAGGGAGUCCUGCUACCACCAGUCAGGUAACGUGAAGCGCAACGAGAACCCGACGCUGUACCGCACUCCACUGGAGUACUUCGAGUUACUGAAAGAUGUGUCCAGCGACAACUUGGGCUACAAAAUCAUCAGGAGCAAGAACAUUCUGGCUUAUAUUAAAUAUCACGCCAAUCCCAACCAGCUGUGUUUCCUGACCAAGCGUGUAGAAAACAACGAGUUGGACAACCGGACUCAAUAUCUCGAGUCCCAAUACACUAUAGAACAUAUCAGGUCCAUGGAACGGGUAUACGGACACAACUACUGCUCUACCGGAGGCGAAUAUGCCACCAGAGACUUCUGUACUCGUCUUGGGCUGCUGCCAGGGCAGAAGGUAUUGGACGUGGGCUGCGGGACUGGUGGCUCAGCCAUCUUUAUGGCUAGACACUACGGCGUUGACGUUCAUGGUGUUGACCUCUCCACUAACAUGAUUCACAUCGCCAUUGAAAGGCAAGGGAAGCUCGAGCCACAGGUGAAGAAAAAGAUUCAGUUCGAGAUUAGUGAUAUCCUCGACGUGGAGUAUGAAAACGACUCCUAUGAUAUAAUAUACAGCAGGGACUGUAUUCUUCAUAUAGAAAAUAAAUUACAACUCUUCAGGAAGCUACAUAGAUGGCUGCGUCCAGGAGGGACUCUCUUCUUUACGGAUUUCUGCAUGAAUAACUCUCAGCCUUCACAGAGCUUCCUUAACUAUGCCAAAACAUUUAAAUGUAACACCCUCCCGACAAUCAAGUCACACGGUGAGGCACUCAGGAAGGUUGGCUUUCAAGACAUUGAAACGCAAGACCUACACGAGGAGUAUAUCAAGUUUAUCGAAACCGAACUGAGAGCCUUCACUGCCACCCGCGAGGCUUUCGUCCAAGAUUUUUCACAGAAGCAGUUUGACGAUAUCUCCAAGAGCUGGAGAGAUAAGAUUCGUUGGACAGGAGAGGGAGAGCUGACGUGGGCAGCCUUCACUGCAGCCAAGAACUAAGCAAAGACAACUCGGAACAAGGAUCAACUCAACAAAGAAAAAAAUAAAAUCUUUUUUUUUUUUUAUAAACAUACAUACAAGUUAUAAUAGUAUGGUUUGGAGUUUAUUUGUUUACCGUUUUGAUACAAUUAUAAUACAAUUGUAAUUUGAUACAAUUACUCAGGAUAUAAAUAACAAAAAAAAAAAGGCACAAUACCGUGACUGGAACGAUACACAAUAACCCGCACAUAGAAGAGAGGAGCUUACGACGACGUUUCGGAUGUAUUUCUCUCAGCAUUUAUAUCUUUUUUUCAUUUCCUGUUAAUAUCAUGAACUUAAAAAAUACCAAUGCCAUGAACUCCUUAAAAAAUAAAACUUUGCAGAUCUUAAAA